AUGUACGUCGCCAAGCCCAAGCAGACGCAGCGCGCCAAAGCGCAGGAGAUCGCGCGCAUCAAGACCAAGAAAGGUCCGACGGUGGAGGAAUGUGUAGCCAAGAGAGACUUCACAGGCGCCUCGGCCAUCCUCGAGUUCAACCUCAAGAGCGACGACGCAUCGAGUGUGACGGGCCCUGCCAAGGCAGAGGAGAAGCGUAAGACGCUUCUCUGGCUAGCGUACACGUCCUUCCAUCUAGGCAACUACCAGCGUGCACUGGACGCCUACGAACAACUGCGAGACGUGGACGAUACGCCCGAGAUCUUCCUCUAUCGAGGUUGCUGCCUUUUCUACCUGCAAAUGUACAAGGAGGCAACUAAAGAGGCGGAAAAGGGACCCACUGGGCCACUACAGAACCGCCUACUCUUUCAUUGUGCUCAUAAAUUAGGCGACGAAGACAAAUUACUAGUGUAUCACCAGCAGCUUACAGACUCGAAGGAGGAUCAGCUGUCACUAGCAGCGAUCCACUACUUCCGGAACCAUUUCCAGGAAGCCACAGACAUCUAUAAGCGUCUUCUGCUCGAGAACAGAGACGAUAUCGCUCUCAAUGUGUAUGUGGCCAUGUGCUACUACAAACUCGACUACUACGACGUAUCGCUCGAGAUCAUGCAAGCGUAUCUCCAGGCUUUUCCAGACAGUGUCGUGGCUGUGAACGUCAAGGCGUGCAACCAAUUCAAGCUCUACAACGGAGCCGCAGCCAAAGACGAGGUCAAGACACUGACCGACCGUGGCUACAAUAUUGACCAAAAUGAUCUUGUCAGUCAUAAUAUGGUGGUGUUUGAGGACGGACAGCACGCGUUGAGAGUUCUACCUCAGUUUGUGGACGCUCUACCAGAAGCUCGACUCAAUCUGGUAGUGUACUACCUCAAACACGCCAAGCUACAGGAAGCGUACGACCUUAUCAAAGACGUGGAGCCAUCUACACCCCAAGAAUACAUACUCAAAGGUGUCGUGCACGCAACACUGGGCCAGUCGACAUCGUCUCGACAGCAUAUCAAGACAGCACAGCAGUAUUUCCAGCUCGUGGGGUCCUCCCCCACUGAGUGUGAUACGAUUCCCGGACGUCAGUGUAUGGCUUCGUGUUUCUACUUGCUGAAGCAGUUCGAGGACGUCAACAUCUACCUCAACUCCAUCAAGCAGUAUCUGUACAACGAAGACGACUUCAACUGGAACUUCGGCAUCACUCUUUGCAACACUGGGUCGCACCAGGAAGCGCUUGAAACGCUACUACGAGUGCAGCAAGAGGAGUAUCGACACGAUUACUGCUACGUCAGCUGGUUAACGAGAUGUUACAUCCUGAAUCGGAACCCGUCGGCAGCCUGGGAUUUGUAUCUGAAGCUCGACAACUCGGACGAUUCGUUCAACCUGCUGCAACUCAUCGCCCACGACUGCUACAAAAUGGGCGAGUUCCUCUACGCUGCCAAAGCCUUUGACAUUCUUGAAAGACUAGACCCCGAUCCGGAGUACUGGGAAGGCAAGCGAGGCGCUUGUGUCGGUGUUUUCCAGCGUGCAGUAGCGGGGAAAGCGACACGAGUGGAACUUGAGGAAGUGCUCAGCAUCCUCAAAGCCAACAACAACCCGCAGGUCGAGUACAUCGUGCGCAUCAUGAAGAAAUGGGGCGCUGAGAAUGGGAUCAGCGUCUGA